UACUUUAUCGCAUUACUAUAAUGGGCAUAAGAUUGCGGGUAGACUAGUAAUUAUAUGUAAGUUUUUAAAAUAUUUGUAUAAAUCAUCGGGGGGAUAUAAAAUAAAAUAAGAUAAAAAAAAUCUAGACCUUCAUUGAAAGAAAAAAGCAGUGUUCUCCUUGUAGAUAUUUAAAAAUAUUGCAAGGCACAAAUAUAUUUUUUCAGCCACUCAACAUUUUUUUAGAAAAUGUCAUUGUCAAAAUAAAUUUCAACAGUUCAUUGGCUUACUUUGCCGACGUCAACAAAAUUUGACGGCCGCGGUCUGCGAGCGAAGAUUUUAAUGUAGUGUAAAUAAUAAAAUAAUUUUAUUUCGCUAAUUAUUUCAUAUUCAAGGGAAACCCACAAAAUCGGUUCCUAUGAAGUCAACUGACACAACUGAUGAGCUUGCAGUGAAUACUGAGCACGUAGCAAGUGAGGGGGUGGAACUGGACGAUCUGCAGGAUCACACACCUGUCACAACGCAAUUAAACAAAAACGAAGACAAUAUGGAUGGUGAUUCUAAGAAAGCACAGUACAUGCACAAUAGAAGAGUUAAUUUUGGUUACAUAAAAUAUGUCAGCUUACUGAUAUUAACAAUACAAAAUGCAGCAUUAGGUCUAAGUAUGCGGUAUGCUCGGACAAGAGAUGUGGAAAUGUUUUCUUCUGCAGCUGCUGUUUUAAUGGCGGAAGUAUUUAAACUAAUUAUAUGUGUGUGCCUUGUGAUGCAAGAGUCUGGGGGUGUACAUAAAGGAGCGCAGUCUAUUUACAAUAUAGUUAUAUUAAAUGUUAGAGACACAUUACGUGUUUGUGUGCCCUCCGUCCUAUACAUAGUGCAGAACAACUUGUUGUAUUUAUCAGCAUCGAAUUUAGAUGCCGCCACUUAUCAGGUAACAUAUCAGUUAAAAAUAUUGACUACCGCAUUCUUUGCCGUACUUGUAUUAAAACGGUCACUCAAGAAAUGGCAGUGGUUGGCAUUAGCGAUCCUGGCUGGAGGUGUAGCUCUUGUACAGCUGUCUUCAAGUGAAAAGGCGCAUUCUACCAAGCCCUCGCACUUACCGGAACAGUCUAAAUUAUUAGGAUUUGGUGCUGCAUUAGCUGCCUGCUUUAUAUCCGGUUUCGCUGGAAUAUACUUUGAAAAAGUACUUAAAGAAUCUGACAUAUCUGUGUGGAUGAGAAAUGUGCAAUUGAGUUUACUUUCAUUGCCAUUUGGAACUAUAACAUAUCUUAUAAAUGAGGGAACCAAAAAUAACUUAUUGAAAGGCUUUGAUGGAUUUGUUUGGUAUUUAGUCAUAUUACAAGCAGCAGGAGGAUUAAUUGUUGCCGUUGUUGUCAAAUAUGCUGACAACAUACUGAAGGGUUUUGCAACAUCGGUUGCCAUUAUCAUAUCCUGUAUAGCUUCUAUAUACCUAUUUGAUUUCAACUUGACUGUACAGUUUGCUCUUGGCACAAUGUUUGUCAUAUUUUCAAUAUUCCUGUAUGGUUACGUGCCCAAGAAACCAGAGCCCAGGACUUCAUUAAAUGUAUGAUCAUUUUCAUUACUUAAUUUAUGUGCUACAAAUAACUUUAUUCAGUGCAGCCAUACUUUAUGACCAUAAUAACUGCUUUAAACAAUAUAUUUUCUUAAAAAAAGUAGCAUUAUCACCUUGUGUGAGAGUUUAAAUCACUACAAAUUAAAAUUUAAUAAGUAGUACUGUGAUAGUACUAAGAAGAAAAGUAUUUAAAUAAUUAUAAUUUUUUAUAGCUUAUUAGUAUGAUGAUUUGCCUAUUUUAAGUAAACAAAAUAGGUAAGUAUUUCAUUGAGUAGCUGUAUAAUCUGAGAACCUUACUUUUUUAAGGUUGCUAAUAUCAAACUUUAAAAUCAUUGUUAAUUAUGAUCAAUGUAGUGUAACUAGUUGAUAUCAUUUUGUUUUAAUUUCAUUUUAAUUAAAUGUUAAGUAAUCA